GUCCCGGUUCUAGACCACAUGAGGUGCCGGUGCAGUGCCUGCAUGCACUGUGUGUGCCGCUGGCGACAGGCCGUCAUGGACAAGUUCGCGCGGAAAGUUGCCGCGCCGCGCCGCGUCAGGAAGAAGCCGAGUCGGCGGUCUCCCAGGCUGCGGGUGGCCGUGCGUCACCGCCACAAGUCGCCAUCUGCAGCAAGGCCCGCGGCACUUUUCCGCCAGCGGAGAACUCGCUCUCUGUCCAGAUCCCCCUGCAGGUCCCGCUGCUCGCCCCUGAGGUCACCAAAGGUCACGUGGUGGUUCGGACACUAUGACCCCAAAGAUGACGUGUGGGAUAAAAAGGGAGCAGGAAACCCGCCAAAUCCCCGGGCGGCGUGGAAGUCUGUGUGGAAAACCUGCCCGCUAAACGAGAGCGCCGAUUACAAAAAGCAGCCAAAAGUGAUGUUAUCCUCCGAGAGUGGUGGCGAUAGACGAACAGAUUUCUGCGACCGUGUAGCCAUGGAUGGUACGAUAGAACCCUCGGUAUUGCGUCAUCAGAACUCGUCGUUACGUCACCAGAAACAAAAACAACAGCGCCAUCAUUACCACCCCGCCAGUUUAUCUACGACCGAGGAGGCGGAGAUGAGGAUGAGAGAGGCAGAAGAGAGGAGGAGAGGGAUAGAUAGAAGGACAGAGAGGACGAUGAGGGGGAGAGAAGAAGAAAGAGGAGAGAGUCGUGUGUCUGGGCGAUGCGGCAAGUGUGAGAGCGACAACAACAACACGGACGACACCUCCAACUGCCCCCCAUCGUCCUUUUCCGAUAGUCAGGGCAGAAGAAAAGACUCACCCCUCUCCCUCAGAGAGCUCAUGGGUUCCCAGCACGUUCCGAGAGACGAGGGUAUUCCCGGAAUUACCGCGCUAAAUCCUCCCCGUGAUGCGUACUAUAAAACCGGUCCUGGUAAUAGUCACUACAAGAACGGCUCUCGUGAAAUGUAUAAGAAUGGCUCUCGUGACCUAGAUCUAUACACACAAGGCUCUGGUGAACUCUAUAGGAACGGCUUUGACGACCAUUACACACGAAGAAAAGAAACGAACAAAGAAUCAUACACAGCAGACGUCUCCCCUCACACCAGCCAGUCAGACACAGCCAAUAGGUAUAGGCACAGGGCCGCACCAGGGGGAGGUAGAUCCCCGUAUAGACGCUCACCCCAGGACGCCAGGGACGGGGGUUUGAGUCCUGGGAUAAGUCAGAACUGCACGAUUACGCUAGCCGAUCUCAUAGAGACUCGAACUCGGGACCGAUCGUUGCGACGUUCAAGACUGAAGGAGGGUGAGGGUUGUGGGGAGUGUGUCGGCCACAGCCACGAGACGGGAGGCAGGGGUGGGGGUGGGGGGAGAGGAGGAAAUGGUUACGGCUAUAAUCCACCGGCAAACGUUUGGGGAGACAGAGACAGAGAGAACACGUUCCGGUACGGCUCACCAGCGGGUGUGAGGGGACAGACAGACACACACGCACGCUCGCCGAACACUGCUCACGACAGGCGAGGGUGGGGGAACGACGAUACAGACGGAUACGGCGGACGAAACGGAAGAACGAGACGACACGAUAGAGAGAGGGAAGACUUCUUCGACAGCAGACCUCACCGAAACCACGUUUCUUCUUUUUCUCCGCCGUCUUAUAGUAGACAGCCUUCGCCUCCCUCUCCUCCUCCCCCUCCUCAUCCUCCUCCUCUUCCUUCCGUGCUGGGCGCUGGUGGCGGUAUUGCGGGGCUCGAGGGCGCCACUAAUGCGUCACACUGGGGCUCAACAUCAUCCUCGACUGAACGACGUGACCUUUCCGAUACACGGGGUGGUGGUGGUGGUGGUGGUUACUGGCCCGGCCUCACGUCAUGGGAAGGAGGAGGAGGAGGAGGAGGUCGUGAUGUCACUAGAGGAUGGGAGGAGGAGGAAGGUAGUCGCCACCUCACGACAGGAGACCCUACACACUUCAGACAACUUUCUCCUUCGGCUUCUUCGCCCUCUCCUCAAGAACACCGUCACACCAACUCCAAAUCACACCACAACCACACCAGCACCAAAUCACAUCACAACCAUAGCCACACCAAAUCACACCGCAACCACACCAGCACCAAAUCACAACCUUAUCCCAACUCCAAACCACAACACUACCGUAGCAACACCCACCAGCCGCCCCCGGAGAGCAGUCCCCCGUCCCGACAGUCUCCAGCCACGCCCCAGCGACACAGCACCGAGCCAGGGCACACGGGGAGGUCACAGCGCGAUGACCGCGGAGACCCGCAUGUGGGGCACAGGUACCGCCGCUGUGGUCAGGGGGCAAAGGUCGUUCAGACAGGGGCUACGGCCUACAUGGAGGAUGUGAUGAGGGCUCCCCCUGGUGGUGGUGGUGGUGGUGGUGGUGGUGGUGAGUCCUCGCGAACAAGACCAGUUGUAGGCGGAUGUCAAGGUCAAGGUCAGGGUCGGGGUCAAGGUCAGGGUCAGGGUCAGACGAGAGUGAGAGUGUUCGGAAUGUGUCCGGUCAGCGAAGGUGAUGGUGGUGUUUUCGGUUCUCGGGGUGGUGGUAGUUGUGGUGGUGGUAGUUGUGGUGGUGGUAGUUGUGGUGGUGGUUGUGGUGGAGGUCAGGGAAGUGGGUGUGGCCAUGUUUCCCCCCGCGCCCCCACCUCCACCAGCAGACGUUCCCGCUCACGCACGCGUAAAAAACCCGCCGAUGUGACACAUCACGAAUGUGACACCUCUGACAGAAGCGCCGGGAGUUUUAGCCCCUCGCGCCAUAGACACGACCUUGACAUUGACAGAGAGCACAGACGUCAUGACCUUGACCCUGAUGCCAACACGUACGACAGCCCCCAACACGACAGACAUUGUAGCGUGAGCCCAGUGUACGACAGCCCCCAACACGACAGACAUUGUAGCGUGAGCCCAGUGUACGACAGCCCCCAACACGACAGACAUCCUAGCGUGACCCCAGCCUACGACAGCUCCCGCAACCACGCCGCCGCCAAAGACAAGGAGAAACUACUACAACAACAAGGGAACGGCUACAGCAACACUCACAGCGACGUAAAUGACCGCUCUGACGUCACUGGUCACCACAAGAAGCCCCGGCGGUCAGCCUCGGCGUGCUCUGUCCUCCACCCCCCGCCACCACCCCUCCUCCCCUCCCUGCGCGUGCUGAGUGAGCCGGCCCCGCGGUGCGAGAGGGAGUGGGUUCGGAACCACGUCUCUCUGAUGGAACAGUGUGGGAGGGAGAGGCACCGGACGGCCAGGGAGAGGAUGAAGAGGAUCGCCGCGCGCUCACAGGGUCUCCGGGAGUCGGUGGGCGGUUUGAGGGUGGACCUGGACGAGGUGGAGAGGAGGAUGGACAGGGUGUACAAGCUCCAGGAGCGCUUCCUGAGGCGCACAGAGGCCGCUGUACGGAUGGCCCGGGUGACCACUGGUCAGUGUGUGGCGGGGGCAGGGCGGUG